UUGCGUCCCCAUAGAUUUACUAAAUCAAUUGGUUUAAGGAUGAUAGAUUUCUAUUUCCUAUAAAUUGAUUUUAUAAUUCAUCUUCCCAAAUAAAUUAAUUCUAUAAUUUAUCUUCCUUCCUUGUUGAUGUGGUGAGGGUAAUCACCUUCUGCCCUCGUUAAACUCCUCCAUAAAGCCUGCAAGUAAUCGCAGGAAGAGCAGAGAAGCCCAAAAAUGAGGAGGCAGAAGGCUGCCACGGCAGCAGAGCCCCAAAAGCUCAAGCAGGUUUUGCUUGGAGGAUGCUUCCUCCUCUCGAUGAUCCUUCUUCUGCUCUACACCAGCUACGUCGUUUCUUUCUCCAACUCGACUCUACGUUCCGACCAAGAGCCUCCUCCUCCUCCUGUUCCCCACAGAGCAGAAGAAAAAAGGAAGAACCCAGCGGAAAGAUUACCACAAAAUCCCUUCUGCGAUUUUUCAAACUCGAGAAACGAUUACUGCGAAAUGGAGGGCGACAUUCGGAUCCAUGGGAACUCUUCUUCCAUCCUCUUUGUUGCUGCUCCCUCAAAUCCGAACUCCACGGAACUGCAGCAGUCGUGGAAGUUAAAGCCUCAUCCUCGAAAGGGCGACGCUCGCGCUAUGGCUCGCGUCACCGAAAUGUCGGUAAAAUCGUCGUCUCCUCGCCAUGCUCCAAGAUGCGGCGACGACAAGCACAACUCAGUUCCAGCAAUUCUGUUCUCGACGGGCGGUUACAUGGGAAACUUCUUCCACGACUUCACCGAUAUUCUGAUUCCCAUCUUCACGACAUCCCAACAAUUCAAGGGGGAAGUCCAGUUCAUGGUGAGUGAGAUUCUUCCACAGUGGAACGACAAGUACAGGAGCAUCCUAAAACCACUGACCAACUACGAGAUCGUCGAUUUCAACCACGACCAGAGAGUUCGUUGCCGUCCUCGAGUUAUUGUGGGCCUGAAGUUCCACAAGGACAUGAGCAUCGACCCCUCGAAACCCCCACACGGUCUCUCAAUGCUGGAUUUCGGGCGGUUUAUCAGGAAAUCAUUUGAGCUGGAUCGUGACACGGCGAUUAGGCUCCGGCCGGACCAAGCAAAGAAGAAACCGAGACUUCUGAUCAUCGCAAGGAAGUGGACUAGAAUAUUCGCUAACGUGGAUGAGAUUGUUGGAAAGGCGCAAGAACUAGGCUUCGAGGUUGUGGUGGCAAAAGCAAAUUACGGUUUGGCUGAGUUUGCAAAGAUUGUUAACUCGUGCGACGUGAUGCUCGGAGUUCAUGGUGCCGGACUAACCAAUCUUGUUUUCCUUCCGACCCAUGCAGUAGUGAUCCAAGUCGUUCCUCUGGGGGGGUUAGAGGGGAUAAGUUGGGUUGACUUUGGAGUGCCCACCGUCAGCCUGGGGAUGAAUUACUUGCAGUAUACUGUGAGUGUGGAUGAGAGCACACUGACAGAGCAGUUUGCUAGAGGUGACCCAGUGCUCUCUGAUCAAAGAGAGGCUUAUAAGAAGCAUGGUUGGGACAAAAUGAUUGAGUUGUACUUUGCCAAACAAGGUGUGAAGCUUGAUAUGGAAAGGUUCGGCAGCAGUUUACUGCAUGCUCUUGAGCUACUUCGACGACAGUAACAUUUUUUUUUUUUGUCAAUUGUUUUCAUACGAGGUGUAUUUAGAGAAUCACUUAGUUCAUAAAUUCUGAAUUUGUUUCCCAAUGUUUCAAGGAGUGUGCGCUCUUAAUCUAAUUGGUCAUACAUUCUUCUUAUCAAAAUCAUGGGGCUUUACUGUUUUUUUUUUGUUGUCAAUUGUUUUCAUACAAUGUGUAUGUUAUGUUUUGGUGUUUAGAGAAUCACUUAGUUCAUAAAA